UGUGUACGUGUAUGAAUGUGUGUGUCCUAUGUGUAUGAACGUGUGUGUGUCACACUCUAUAAUCAGCUGGUGUUCUUGAAUGCCGACACGAUUCAACUUUGUUCUAUUUCUGCUGCAGGAGUCAUGUUCUUUAUAAAGGAGGUGAACACAGACACACACACACACACACACACACACACACACACACACACACACACACACACACACACACACACACACACAGAACCUGUAUAUAAACAGCAGACGGGCCGUCCCUCUCCAGACUCCAGCAGCAUGUUGUGUCCCAGCGUGUUCCAGCCGUCCCCCUUCACUAUGCGGCCUCUCCUGGACCCCCGCUGGCCGGUCCGCAGCCUGUGGCCCGAGACCCGGCCGCUCCUCCACCUGGUGGAGCGGGAGGUGCUGCGCCACCUGCUGGAGAUGAGGCAGAGCCUGGAGCACAUGGAGCAGCUUCACCAGAGGGUCUUCGAGGAGAUCGACCAGACCUGGUCCCAGAGGGGGGUCUUCCAGACCGUGGCGGUCCAGCAGCUGGGGGGCGGCGGCUUCGCCCUCAGCCUGGACACCGCAGCCUUCUCCCCAGAGGAGCUGUCCGUCAAACAGGUGGGGAGGAGGCUGAGGGUGAGCGGCCGGACGGAGCGCAAGCAGGAGGACGCCUCCUCCUCCAGCUCCUCCUCCCCCACCUCCUCCUACAGAUGUCAGGAGUUCAGGCAGGAGCUCCAGCUGCCGGACGACGUCGACCCCGAGGCCGUCACCUGCUCGCUGCUGAGGGGGCGGCUGCAGAUCCAGGCCCCCAAGGAGAGCGCGCUGCAUGAUGGGAAGGAGAGGCUGGUCCCCAUCAGACUCACCUCCUCCUCGUCGGAGAGCAGCCCUGCUGAGAUAAACUGAACCGAGUGAAGUCUCUCGGUUGUUCUCCUAUCUUUGUUUCACUGCUGUGUGAAAGGUGACAGUAAACGUUUUGUUUUUGUUUUAAUUAUAAAAUGUUGAAUAUUUGACUAGUUUGAAUCCACUUUCAUGUUAAUUAUCUUAUUUAUUUGCUUCUCAUUUAUUUCAAUAACUAUUUUAUUCCGAUCAAUAAAACAUUAACAGGAGGUAUCACACUGACGUAUUUCUUCAGCUUCAUAAAAAUGUAACCUUAUUCUCAUAUUAAUUUUAUUAUUAAUAAAUUAACUUGUUUCUCAUUAAAUUGAGACUUAGAUUUUUAUUUUUACAUUAAUUCUUAAUUUUUCCUAUAUUUUCUUCACAAAAAUUUGCCUUAUGACUCAUUUGACUUUAAAUUAUUCAUAUUUCUUCAUCAAAUAAUUUCUUUUUAUCACCUUGAUGAGAUUUGGUUCACUUUAUUCUCUAUUUUUAACGAUGUUUAGCUCCAUCUUCGUAACAUUACGACGUUUCUCUGUGAAACUCGUAUGAAUAAAGUUUGAACAACGACAAUAAAACACAGGACGCCAGUUUUCCUCUUUCUUUGUAAAAUAAUUCUCAAUAAACUUAAUUUAUUCACAAA